GUGUCCCCACAGCUGCGUGGGGGUGGAGGAGGAGGCGGCGGCUGAGAUCGACCUGUACCACUGCCCCCAGUGCGCCGUGCUCAGGGGGCCCUCCGUCAUGAAGCGGCGCAGGGGCCCCCCGAAAGCUCCGGAUCAGGAGCCCCCCGGGAGCCGCCCUGCCCGGACCGGGAGCGCCCAGUUCAUCCGGGAGCUGCGGGGACGAACCUUCCCCAGCGCGGAUGAGGUGCUGCUGCGGCCGGGGGGGGCCCAGCUGACGGUGGAGUACCUGGAGGAGAACAGCUUCAGUGUGCCCAUCCUGGUGUCCCGGCAGGAGGGGCUGGGAAUGACCCUGCCCCCCCCCUCCUUCACCCCCCGUGACGUCCUGCACUACGUGGGUGAGCCUGGGGGGGACACGGGGGGCUUUGGGGGCUCA